CCUUCAUUUCCUUUAUGUUGUCAUUCUGGCAGAAAAUGGAAUAAAUAUUCUCUUGCAUCUGAUUUAGGGGUAUGAUUGACAAAUGCAAAAUGAAGUAAGCUGAAGCAUUAAACAAGGAAGAUGUUUGGCCUAAAUGGCCUGAGUAAGGUGAAGAGGUUGAUACUGGGGAUGUUCGUCCUCCUCAUUGUAGAUUUAAUAUGGGUUGCAUCUUCAGAAGUGACUGAGUAUAUAUUCAAAGACACUCACUAUGACAAACCAUUCUUCACUACUUAUAUCAAGACCAGCAUGUUUAGCAUUUAUCUCCUUGGAUUUAUAUUCUUUGAGCCAUGGAGAAUGCAGUGCAGAAAAUCUGGCACAAUAAAUUCCACCCUGACAAUCAAUAACAGUGAAGAUGAUAGAGACACUACACAGGAUGCCUUGUCCGAACCCCAGUACGUUCCUGCCAAAUUUGAUGACAAAGCCAGUGGAACAGAAUCAGAUGAUUCUACCUCAUUAAAUCGUUCCGUGAGAUUUAGCAAGAUAAAUGAAGUUCGACAACUCUCAGAAACCUAUGCUGAAGAUGCUGUGAUAGCCCGGCUCUCUUAUUCUGCAUCAUUACGGGCAGAAGAAUCUCGUUUACGUGCCAUGUCCAAGCUCACUGUAAAACAAGUAGCUAAACUGGCACUGUUGUUCUGUGUGUUGUGGUUUGUGGGGAAUUUUUCAUACCAGGAAGCCCUGAGGGACACUGAGGCGGGCAUUGUGAAUGUCCUAUCCUCGACAUCAGGUCUUUUCACCCUCAUCUGUGCAGCUCUGUACCCCAGCUCCAGUGCUGACAGAUUCACCCUCUCCAAACUAUUUGCAGUUUUUCUCAGUAUUGGAGGGAUAGUUAUGGUCAGUAUAGCUGACCUUUCAUUUGAGGACAAGAUUCCUGUUGGGGCAUUGUGGGCCCUGUGUGGCUCCAUGUUGUACGCUCUUUAUCUCGUUUCCCUGCGACGGCGGGUCGACCAUGAAGAUAAGCUGGAUAUUACCAUGUUCUUUGGUUUUGUUGGACUGUUUUGCAUUCUUCUUCUGUGGCCCGGAUUUUUCAUUCUUCACUUCAGCGGGACUGAGGUCUUUACUCUGCCAAAUUCUCGCCAGUGGUUGUUCAUUACUAUCAAUGGUUUGAUUGGAACAGUAUUGUCAGAAGUUUUGUGGCUUUGGGGAUGUUUCCUGACUUCAUCUCUGAUUGCAACUCUUGCUCUAAGCUUGACCAUUCCUUUAACCAUGCUGGCUGAUGUAAUAUGGAAAGGGGUGACAUACAACUGGUUGUUUUAUGUGGGAUCUGUUCCUGUGUUCUUGGCAUUUUUUGCUGUCAGUCUUCUGACACAUUAUGAAACAUGGGAUCCUGUUUUACUGUGCUUCAAGAAGGUUUUACAUUGCUUCUGUCGACGGAGAUUACUGCCCAGAACUGGAAGCAAUUGCGUUCAAAUUAGAGUACGAGAAAUGGACAGGGAACAGAGUGAGAGUCUAAUAGAAAACAAUUCCUGAAUGAAGAUACCCCACAGUCUGUGAUCUGGUCAUUUUGUUUGUUUAUUUUUUGUGUUACAGAUUGUUUAUGACUAACACUUGUUUAUUUAAUACUAUCCUAAAAAAAAAAUUUAAGCUUUAGUCAAUGCAAUUUAUUUUACAUUGUUUUGAUUUUUUUUUCUUUUUUGCAAAUCUAAUCUCGAAAAAGCUUAAGAUUAUUAUUAUUUUCAAAAAUAGUAGUCAUUCACUGAAUAAAUUAUAUAUACAUGUUAAGUUGGUAGAAUCGCACUUGAAAAAUUCUACACCACAUUUCUUGUAGUUUUGAUACAUUAGGAAAAUCACAAAUCAUGGAAAAGAAAAUCAAUGUACAGCAUAACUAGAUACUAGUCUUAUAUCAAAAGUUACCAUGACUUUACAAGACAACCAAAUACACAUACUUCUAAAUAAUAUGGUGAAAGGAGAGGGGGGUAUUUAUAAGAACCAUGUAUACUGCAGAGUUCCUUCCUGACAGCUUAGGAUAAAAUUUAACUUUUCUCUUCAGGAACUGUGUACAUGUAAUGUACUAAAUAUAAUCCCUGUGGUCCUUUUCACAAAAAAUCUUACGACUAAGACAAAAAUUGUCCAAUUCUCUAACAAGUAUCUAAGCUGUAGUAGAAGUCACAAAAAUCUUACAUUUCUAUUACAAUUGCAAAUAAUAUUUUAGAAAACAAUGAUUAUCUUUAUCAAACAAAAAAAAUAGUGAGGUGUCAAAUUUUUAUCUAGUUGUUAGAAUUUUUUGUGAAAAGGGCCACUGGAGUGUAAGUGUCAAAUUAUUCAAUUACCUGGUAUAAGAUCAAAGGAUAAUGUAUUUAAGAAUGUUGAAAAAAAUAUAAUGCACUGGAUAUAAAACGUAUUCACUGAUAGUGCACCAGCAAUUUAUGCACUUGUUUUAUGAAUUAAUAACAGAAACUGUUUGUAUUACACCAUGUCCUUAAAACAACACAAUAAGAUUAGAAUUAAACACAACUGUAGCAGUCUCCUGGGUAUGAUGAAGUCCUUUUCUUUUCUUUUUUUGUUUUUGUUUUAGAAAUAGCAGGAACAGUUUUCAUUUUCAAACUAUGUACAUGUACUUGUACAUGUAUUGUGAGCUCAUUUUGGCAAAAACUACAUUUGUUAUAGAGAAACUUUAUUGUUUGUUGGUGAGAAUGUGUUGUAAAAUGUAUAAUUUUUAUUUGAAUUCAAAUUUAAUAUUUUUCAUAUUCAGGGGGAGCAAAAAAAUUCAUUCCAUAAAAUUCUUUUGUUAUUCAAUUAUUGUGAAUAAAUGUAAUCUGAAUUGUUAUGUUUGGAAAAAAUUCAAAUGGCUGAGACAUAUAAGUUUAAAUAAUAUGCAUGUAUCUCUAUACACUUAAUAUACUCUAUUUCUCCAUGCAGGACUGAAUAAAUACCUAUUUAAAAUGUAGAUAAAUAUAUGCAUAAUUAAUUAAUUAUAAUUAUUCAUAUCAGAUGUAGUUCUAAGAUUGUGAUAUUUGUUUUGAUUAACUAUAUUUAAGAUCAGUUGUGCAAUAUUCUAUAAUGAAAAAGACUAUGUUCAUACAGGCACAGUUGUUGAGAAAACUGUUAAAUCUGAUAACUUAUGUAAAUGCUAAACACUAAUCUUUUUUGCUGAGGCUUGCUACUCUGAGGGUUAAGAUACAUAAUACUUUGUACUUAUAAAUCAUGAAAUAAAGGAAAUUAAGUUUUA